AUGGCCCGGAGGACCGAGUCGGUCCGCGAGGUGGCCAGCGGGAAGAACAUCGGUCGAGCAAACGCAACUACGCCGCUGGAGCAAGCCAUCAAGGAGGCCAUGGCUGCAGAGAGGAAGAAACGUCGCGCGGGAUAUGUCCCUCGCCUGGCUGAUCUGGAUCAGAUCGAGGCCGAUGCUCCCGCUCAUCCUGGUCUGCAUCCGGCUUGUGCGGUCGAGCCCAUGCUCCUGGGGAGCUACAAGUGGCCAUGGAUGGCAAAGCAGGUGAAAGAACCGUGGCUGGUCCAGCCAAAGCUGGAUGGCGUCCGCGCCGUCGCCAUCGCCCAAGAGCCCGGCACAGAGCGCCCCGUUCGCCUCUUUACCCGUUCGGGCCUCGAGCUCCACAUCCCGCCGCUCGCCGAGAGCCUCGCUGCACUCAUGCUCCAGCCUCAUCAUCGCCGCUGGGGCUUUGUCGACGGCGAGCUGUACGCCCAUGGCCGCCCGCUCGAAUCCAUCUCGGGCGCUGUCCGCAAGCUACUCAAGCCCGAGACUGCGACCGCCGAUGUUGACGCUCUCGCUCACGCCGGCGUCGCCUUUCACAUCUUUGACGGCGCUCGCGAGCCGACCCGCACCGCCAUGGACGCUCCGUUUGCCUCUCGCGCCGCCGACCUCGACACUGUCUUUGCCUCGAUCGAGUCUGCCGCCUCGCCCUGGCUUGCCCGCGUUCCCAUCAUCGCCUCCCUCGCUCUCGCAGACAAGUCGCAGGCCGAGGCCGAGGCCGAGCUCCGCGCCAUCGCCGGCGACCUCGUCAGCUCGGGCGGCUUCGAGGGCGCUGUCCUCCGCGCUGCUGGCAGCGCCUACGAGCCCGGCAAGCGAUCGCACGCCGCCCUCAAGUACAAGUUCUGGGAGGAGGACGAGUUUGAGAUUGUCGGUACAAAGUCGGGCCAGGGCCGCGAGGCCGGGUGCGUCAUCUGGGCCGUCCGCGACGCCCACACCGGCGCCGUCUUUGACGUCCGCCCGCGCGGCUCGCUCGACUCGCGCCGCCUUGAGAACCCGGACGCCUACAUCGGCGCUCUCCUCACCGUCCGUCACUACGGCCGGACCCAGGACGACGGCCUGCCGCGCUUUGCCGUCGGCAUAGGCCUCCGCCAGCUCAAGUAG